AUGGAGGAUAAGCCUCAUGAACAGCUACGGGGAGAUUCUGGUUUAGGGUUUUUGAGUAUAUUCUCUCAUUCUUCACUAUCUCCCUCUGGAUAUGGCUACCAUUUCCACUUUCUACCCUUACAAUCCCGUUCGACCUGCUUCUUCUCCGUCCUCUUUGUUUUCGAAUUUGCGCGGCUGGCAUUUGGUCUCAAAAUCUGCUCGUGGAAGUGGAGCACACAAGUUCGUGGUGCUUGCGGCGCAUUCCAACCCUAAAAUUCUCAAGACUAAUCGGAAAUCGAGGUUCGGACAGACACUAUCUCCGUAUGACAGCGAUGAAGAUGAUGAAGCAUUGGAGGACGAUGACGAGGAUGAUGAUGUGCUAGAUGAUUGGCUAUCUGAUGAAGAAUUUGCAGAGCCUGCUGACUUUAAUUCUAAUGACAAGAAAUUUAAGUCACAGAAGAUAGAAGUAAAAGGUAGGCAACAGGAAAAAGGACGGGAUGCGAGAUCAUUUGAAAGCCCUAAAAUGUUAAAAAGUGAUAAAGUGAUAUCCUUUGAACCAAAUGGCAGUGUAAAGGCUGGUAGAAAUUUAAGGGAGAACAGAUAUCCUCGAUUGUCUGAAGAGAUAAAUUUGGACAAGAAAUGGAUUCCGCUUCUGGACUAUUUAAGCACAUUUGGAAUGAAGGAGUCGCACUUUAUCCAAAUGUAUGAAAGGCACAUGUCCUCACUUCAAAUUAAUGUAUGUUCUGCACAGGAAAGGGUAGAAUACUUAAUGAGUGUUGGAGUCAAGCAUAGAGAUGUAAGAAGAAUCAUUUUGAGACAGCCACAAAUUCUGGAGUAUACAGUGGAGAAAAAUUUAAAGGCCCAUGUUGCAUUUUUGAUGGGUUUGGGAAUACCAACUUCCAGAGUAGGGCAGAUCAUUGCUGCUGCUCCAUCCCUGUUUUCUUAUAGUGUUGAAAAUUCUUUAAAACCAACAGUAAGAUAUUUAGUUGAGGAAGUUGGCAUCAAGGAAAAGGAUCUGAGUAAAGUCAUUCAACUGAGCCCACAAAUUCUCGUUCAGCGUAUUGACAUUUCCUGGAAUAUUCGGUAUAUGUUUCUAACCAAGGAGUUGGGAGCACCCAGAGAUAGCGUAGUGAAGAUGGUGACAAAACAUCCUCAGCUUCUCCAUUAUAGCAUUGAUGGUGGAUUGCUGCCUAGGAUUAACUUUCUGAGGAGCAUAGGAAUGAGAAAUUCAGACAUCCUGAAAGUCAUAACUAGUCUUACUCAGGUCCUUUCCCUGUCCCUGGAGGAGAAUCUAAAGCCCAAGUACCUGUAUCUGGUAAAUGAACUUCAGAAUGAGGUUCAAUCCUUGACCAAAUAUCCAAUGUAUCUUAGCUUGUCGUUGGACCAGAGAAUACGUCCUCGUCAUAGGUUCUUGGUUUCUCUGAAGAAAGCUCCAAAAGGACCAUUCCCACUUGGAUCACUGGUCCCAACUGAUGAAUGCUUUUGUCAGCAGUGGGCGGGGACUAGUUUGGACAAGUAUUUGGCUUUUCGCCAGAGGCUUUUACUCAAGAAAUUUGCUGAAAAAUAUGAAAAAUCAAAAUAAAAUGUGUUGGUCCACUUACAUGAGCACUGGAAGAGCAGUCUUAUGUAAGCUAUAAUAUCAGAAAACCUAAAGUUGUUGAUAUGAUUGUCCAUGAUGGUUGCCGUAGUGGCUGAAGCUCAAUCACUUUAGUUCAUUUAGCAAUAUCUUAUGCUGCUCUGCACUGAUCUUUCAAGACGUUCAAAUUUCUGUCGAAUCUUCACCAAAGCGGUUCAACUUCUGUCAGUUGACUAUUAUUGUUCAUGUCAAAGUCAGAUGGUUCUUUACGAAGUUCUUGUGAUCAGAAAGGCAGAACACAUGAGGUUGAGGUCUGUCAUCUUAAGACGAGCAUGUUUAAUAGUUCAUACAUUAGAUAUGCUCUGUGAGUUGACCUCCAACUCAUCGCAGGUUGUGAACAAUACUGCAAGCAAGCUGUCAAGAUCAAAGAAGUAAGCUGUUGUAACUUAAAGAUCCUUCUUACGGAUGCUGUGGUUGUUACGUCCUCUUUUUCCUUUUUACAGGCAGUAGUGCCCUCUGUUAUUUUUUCCCUUUCAUUCUUUUGUAUAUCUCGUAUAGAGGACUUCUGCUGUUAUAGUUGUCACCAAAAUAAGAACCAUAAUAAUAUAAGAAACAAAAUUCACUUUUGAGCUUUUGGCACGUACACAGUAAACUGUUAAUGCAUUUGCA